AUGGAAGCAGCAGCAGCAACCGAGGGUGAUGUUAACGUGAUGACGCAACAUUGGGCAGAUAUUGCCCUAGAAGAAGAGGAUGAUGUCUUCGCACCGGUGGAACCGGCCGACGAGGGCGAAGCAGUGGCCGUCCGGGAAUCAUGGCGGUUGGUGGGUAGGUUCUUGGCAACGAAGAUUAUCAAGGAAGAGUAUAUGAGUCAGGUCAUGGCUUCGGUUUGGCAACCGGUAAAGGGUGUCCAGGUAACUAAAUUACAACCUGGCCUAUUCUUGUUUGUUUUCUACCAUGAGACAGACAUGCAGCAUGUCCUGGAUGGUGGCCCGUGGUCGUUUGAGAAUCACACACUGAUUUGUAAGCAAGUUUGGAAUGGGGUGAUACCGGUCACGGUACCACUUGAUACUGUUGAUAUGUGGGUUCAAGUCCAUGAGCUCCCCCUGGGGUAUACAUCAGAUACGAUAUUGGAGCAGGUUGGCAAUUUCCUAGGGACCUUUGUCAAAAUUGAUGACCGAUUUGCGAAUGCACCAUGGAAAACCUUCUAUCGUAUAAGGGUUUCAAUACCGGUUUUGAAACCGCUCAAACGCCGUAUGAAGCUCUUGAAACGGGAUAAAACGACAUGUUAG